AUUUUGCAUUUACGGGAGAGGUCUAUAUGUAAACAAUACAGAUUUCUCCCGUCAGCUCCAGCAUGCUGCUUUGUUUUGCUCUGCAUAGCAGAGCAAUACAAAGCAGCAUGCUUACACAGUAAAGCACACACAGUACACAUAGUAAAACAGCACACAGCUAACCCUUUGAUCGCCCCAGAUGUUAUCCCCUUCCUGUCCAGUGUCAUUAGUACAGUGUCAGUGCUUUUUUUUUAGCACUUAUCACUGUAUUAGUGUCACUGGGGAUGUCAGCGACAAUUAGUCAGGGUCAGUUAGUGUCAGAAUGCCAGCUGCAGUCCCGCGAUAA